GUAAAGAUAUCGCACGUUAAGAGACGUAAUAGCGGGCGGAUCAAGCUGGGGCAUUUCGCUUGUGAUCGCCUCACGAAUUACGCGCAGCAAGCUGGAGCAUAUGACCGGGGCGGCGCUUUGUUAGGAAACGGCCUAAGCGUUGAGGAAACAUGGAAUGUGAUUGCAAACCGGACAGCCCAUGUACGACGAGUUCAAGUUGCGGAGAAGAGUCUAAGAUUGAAUCAUCUGUCAAAGGUCUGUGGAUAGAUGCCAACACUCUGUUAACAGGAUUGAUUUCAGUUGCAGGAUAUCUUCUCUUCAGAUGCUCACAGGCCCUACCAGGAUUGUUUAGAUGGCCAAUUCGCAUCAUAUGUUCUCUAACUGGCAUUUCAUCUUUAUGGAGCUGGUUGACAAAUCUUCUAAAAGCUGUUCGUGGGCUCAAGACACUAUUCCAUUGGUUUGGUCGCAUAUGGCACUUCUUUGUUGCACUACUCGCAAAAUUUAGCUGGGUGCCAGCUCUCGUCAAAGCCAUUGCAGGUGUACUUACAUCAAUAAAGCAAGGGCUGGAAUUUUUAUUGAAUUUAAAGCAACGUGUAAAAGGGCCAUUUAAAAACAGAGAGGCUAAAGCACAAAACAUCAACAGUCCACUUCCUAGCCCUAAAUAUGAUGACCAGGGUUUGCGACUCAUUGUGGUCGGGCCACAGGGGAAAAGCCGGCUCUCGCUGGUCAGCAUUCUGCUCGGCUCCAGCACCUCCCUGAAACAGAGAGACGCUCAGGAGUGCAAGAGGUGGAGAACAAAGAUAGAUGGGAGAGAGGUGACAGUGGUGGACACCCCAGACUUACUGGGCAAAAGCCUGGAGACGGCUCAGAGGGCCCGAGAGGCCUUACGCAGUCUUCAGCUGGCCAGCCCUGGCCCGCAUGCCUUCCUGCUGGCCCUGCAGUGCCCCGGCUCAAAGGCCAGAGGCGACUUAAGUGACACAGUAAAUGUCUUGCAUGCCUUAGAGGAACUUGUGGGCGAAGGGGGCCUGAUUCAUGUGCUGGUGGUGCUCCUCACCCAAGCCGAGAGUUUGGGUGGACGGGGGGCGCGCACCCUGUCUCAGCUUCUGGAGGAGGACGCAGGGGACCUCAGGGAGGCGCUGGCCAUGUGCGGCCAGAGGGCUGAGCUGGUGGGCGACGGGGGGGAUGCAGCCCCAGGGCUGCUGGAGAGGGUGGUGGAGAUGAGGGCCCUGCAGGGCCACUACGUCCACGAGCUCCAGCGCAGGGAGGAGCGCAUCAGGGAGGAGCUGCUGGCUGACAUGGCCCACAUCCUCACACAGAAACUCGAGGGACACUGGGGCUGAGAGCAGAGAUACAAGGCCCUGUCAGACAAACAAGGCUCAUGAGAUUCUGACCUGUGUAGUUGAUUUGGGCUGUUUGAGUGUGACUACAAGCUAACUGUUAAAGGAGAAUUCCAGUGUGUUAUUGAUCUAAAGUGUGUUGAAACAUGAUACCGAGUGUGAACAUAUGUCUCAUAGCUCACCUUGGCAUGUCCCCUGAUCCCUUAUCUGAUCCCUUAUCAUACCUGUUCGUUCGUACUCAUCGCUCGACUUAUCGUGACUAAAUUCAAGAAGGCGUCGAAUGGUAAAAUUCCUAGAGGUACUGUCGGUAUAAAUCGUCUUGUAAAUAAACUACCAGUGCUUUUUCAAAGUUCUCCAUGUCUCGUUUAAAUGUCAAGGC